AUGACGCUGUGAGAAAACCCUGAGGAAAGUUUCCACACAAAAAUCCGGUGUUGUGUUCGGACUGUUCAACAGCUCCAUGAAUUUCUGGUGUGUUUUUAUUCCUUUUUUUUCUACAAAGACGGAUAAAGCUGCCUUCAAUUUAACGCUGUUAUUAUAAACACACUCGUGUCCUGUUUAAAACGCCGACACUGGAGCCGUGUGAAGAAGUCUGUUCACUUCUGAAGUAAAGCUACACGUUUAUCUGGAGAAUAAUAAUAAUAAUAGUAUUAUUAGUAUUAUUAUUAAUAAUAAUAAUAAUAAUAAUAAUAAUAAUAAUAUUCACCAAGCGGCUGGAGCCUCGCUGUAGUGAUGGAAGUCUCGAGGCAGGAGCACACUAAAGAUCCUCUUCCGCUGCCCUCUCUGCGCCUCCUGGUCCCACCUCUGCGACUCGUGUCUGCGGUGCUGUGGCGGAUCGUGCAGCAGCAGGAUGUGAUGCAGUACGGGAUGCUCGCAGACUUUGUCUCGUUGGUUACUGAAGCUGUACCGGACCUCUUUAGUCCCACGCAUGCAGUCGAACUUGUUCUGGGUCUACGAGCAAAGCUGAUUUUGGAGCUGUGCUACAGGGAUGAAACCGUGGACACAGAUUUAAUCCAGCCUCAUCUCAACAGCAUUCAGCUGGUUCUUCCUCUGGUCAAACAUGUGGACAGCACGGAGGUAGACGAGACAGGAGUUCACUUUGUGGAACUGGUUCAAACACUAAUCAGAGACACUGAGCAGAGAGAACACUUCUUCCAGAACGUGUUUCCACUGGAGUUUGGUCCCAGCUAUGACUCUGCCCUUCAGACACUGAUGUGGGACUUCCUAUCCCAACUGGAGCACUUCCUACCAGUGCCAGACCUCCUUCAGACUGCGGUCUGGCUCAGAUCUGAGUCUUCCGCUUUAAAAGACUGUGAGGAAUCCAUCAGCAACCCAGAUAGCUUGAGAUCACUGCUCCAUCACCAUAAGUGCCUUGGACAUCUGGACACUUGCGCCUCGUCAUCGUCGCCGAGAGUCGGUGACUGCAUCCUGACCGCUCUGUCUGCCAAGACAAACCGAGUGGCUCAGAUAAACUCCGGCGAUAGUCUCAAUCCACCUGCUCCCAGUGAGAUGCCCGUGUGCGUAAUGGACGGGACCGACGUCGAGACUGUAGUGGUCACAUCCGAAUGGACGGAGAUUGAACUACAUGCGAACCAGAUCAGAGAGGACAAUAGCGAGGACGGCGAUCAUUCACCCCCUGCUGCUGACAGCGAUCAGAGGGAGUCACGGAUUAACGGAAGCACUGAGGAGAGUGAGAAGCACACCGACGCUGAGAACUAUAUCGGGGAAUCUGCACCGACACAGAACAGAAACGAUGGCUCUGUAGGACGCACUGAACACAUGACUGCAGAAGCAGAACGACUGGCGAGACUGAAUCUGUCCUGUAGCGUCACACCUGCUCUGGAGUCUACACUCACUGUGCCUGUAACCGCUGCUGACGGAGCUGCCGGAGCUGCCGGGACCCGCAGAUCAGCUCGAAAGCCUAAGAAGACUUGGAAGUUGAAAUCGGUUAACCUCCCGAAGCGGAAACGCAGCCACGGCGCGGUAACCGGUCAGAAGCGAGAGAGAACGCCGCUUGCACCCGUGAGAAACUCCAGAACGGUCACAGAAGUGGACGGAGAACGUAUCCCCUCAGAUAACGGGGAUGCUGCUGAGCUGCCUGUGCCUCCUGGUCUUGACACAAGUGAUGGAAAUACAGAGCUCUCCUCCAAGACAUUCUCCUGCCCUCAGUGCCCAUAUACACACGUCCAGGAGCGAUACGUGAAAAGUCACAUGAAAAAGGUCCACACGGUUUCAUCGGCGACCGAGAAAGAGCCGCACGUGUGCCAGGUGUGUGGCAAAGGCUACCGUUACCCGGGCAUGCUGAAGGCGCACGAGCGCAGCCACACGGGCGAGCAGCCCUUCCAGUGCACGGCGUCGCACUGCGGCCGCCGCUUCUCCUACGUUCAAGCCCUGCGGCGCCAUCGUUUGGUACACGGUCUCAAAAAACCCCCUCCGACCCCCCCUGGCGAGCCUGUUCCGGAAGCUCAGCCUCAGAACAAUGAAUCCUGGAUGUACACCUGCCUGUAUUGCAGCGAGAGCUUCAGCUCGCUCAGUGCUCGCCGCGAGCACCACAAGACGCAUCCCGAGGACGAUCUGAAGCGCUGCAGCGACUGCGGCAAGAGACUGAGCUGUCAGGCAGCGCUGAUCAGGCACAAGCGAGGCCACGUGGGCGAGCGACCCCACAAAUGCCUGCUCUGCAACUCCAGCUUUGUGUGCGCCACCAGUUUCAAGCGGCACAUGCUCGUGCAUCAGCCCGAGAGGCCGUACCGCUGCAGCUGCGGUAAGGGCUUCACGUACAAAGGCGCCCUACUCUCCCAUCAGCGCACUCACACAGCCGAGAGACGCUACAGGUGUUCUCACUGCAGCAGGUGCUUCCUCUACCCCGGAGAGCUGAGGAAGCACGAAAGGACGCACUCGGACGAGAAACCGUACCUGUGCCCGCACUGCGGCAAGAGUUUUAAGAGAGAGAGGAUCCUCCGUGCGCACGUAGCCGGCCACACCGAGGACAAAAUCUUCAAAUGCUCGGUCUGCAACAAAACGUUCGCGUAUAAAGCGAGCCUGACCAGGCACGAGCUCACGCACACAGGCGAGCGGCCGUUCCUCUGCUCGGACUGCGGCAAGACCUUCUUUUCGUUCGGGGAGCUGCUGAAACACCAGCGCUACCACACGGGGAUCAAGCCGUUCCAGUGCUCACACUGUGACAAGAGCUUCACGCAGGCCUGCUACCUGCAGCUGCACACCAGGUACCACACCGGCGUGCGCCCAUACACGUGCCCCCAGUGCGGCAAAAGCUUCUUCACGUCAUGCCGCCUCAAGAGACACAUGCAGAUCCACACGGACGAGAAGCCGUUCGAGUGCGCCGAGUGCGGCAAGAGAUUCAGGCAGGCGUAUGUGCUGAAAGUGCACCAGCGCACUCAUUUGGAGAAAGAACUGAGGGUUUAAUGGAAGAGACUUUUCUUUUGAGUGUUGUUUUUGUUGUUGUAAUUAACAAUAAUGAAGCUGACUCUUUUUUUUUGGUAUAUUUUCGUUUUCCAGACAGUUUGAAAUUUUGCACUUUCAGCACAAAUCAGUAAAUAAAUUUGCCUUUUCAGUCA